GCCACCAGCAUGGGUGUGCUUGGGGCCUUGGCUGGCUGGGGGCUUCUGGAUUACAAGACCCAGAAGUAUGUGAUGACCAGGAACUGGCGGGUGGGCGUCUUGCAGAGGCUGCUGCAGCUGGGGGUCGCGGUUUACGUGGUGGGGUGGGCCCUCGUGGCCAAGAAAGGCUACCAGGAGCGGGACCUGGACCCCCAGGUCUCAGUCAUCACCAAACUCAAGGGGGUCUCCGUGACACAAAUCAAGGAGCUCGGGAACCGCCUGUGGGACGCGGCCGACUUUGUGAAGCCUCCACAGCACCCCUCGGUUCCACUCGCUGCCUGCUGGGCGGAUGAGGACUGUCCUCCAGGGGAGAAAGGGUCGCACAGCCACGGCAUCAAAACAGGCCGGUGUGUGGUGUAUAACGCCACCCACAGUACCUGUGAGGUCUACGGCUGGUGCCCCGUGGAGAGCAGUGUUGUGCCAGGGAAGCCCCUGUUGGCCCAGGCGGAAAACUUCACGCUCUUGAUCAAGAACACCAUCACCUUCAGCAAGUUCAACUUCUCCAAAUCCAAUGCUCUAGAGACCUGGAACGCCACCUAUUUUAAGCUCUGCCGCUACGAUCCCCACGUCAGCCCCUUCUGCCCUGUGUUCCGCAUCGGAGACCUGGUGCAGGCGGCCCAGGGGUCCUUUGAGGAGCUGGCAUUGCUGGGCGGCGCCGUGGGCAUCCGCAUCCAGUGGGAUUGCAACCUGGAUGCCAGCUCUGAAUGCCACCCCCACUACUCCUUCCAGCUGCAGGAGAAGAGAUACAAUUUCAGGACAGCCACUCACUGGUGGGAGGCCCCUGGUGUGGAAGCUCGGAGCCUGUUCAAAGUCUAUGGGAUCCGGUUUGACAUUCUUGUCACUGGGCAGGCAGGGAAGUUCGGGCUUAUCCCAACCUUCAUUACCCUGGGCACAGGAGCUGCGUGGCUGGGCAUGGUCACAUUCUUCUGUGACCUGCUGCUCUUGUACGUGGACGGACACGCCCAUUUCUACAGGAGGAGCAAGUAUGAGGAGGCCAAGGCCCCAAAGGCACCGGCCAACUCUGUGUGCCGUGAGCUGGCUUUCGUGCCCCCCUUGGCUGGCCUGGCCCCAGCCCCAGGACACCUGGUUGGUCCCAUCCAGAAGCUUCCUGAGACUCCUGCUUGAGGCUGGCGGCUCUUGGAGACCUCGUGGAUGAGGCAGGCUCUGCAGGACUGGGGUUUGCGCAGAUCUGCUGGCACCUCAGGGCUUCCGAAACUGUGGCCUGUGCCUCGGCUGUUGAACGGAACCUCCCACUGACUGUUGGGGAUGACAGCCUGUUCUCCCUCCAACCCUCCCUGCCCACAGCCCUUUACUGAGCUCUGUGAAACCCGAGCCAAAGCCCUGGGGUAGUGUCCACUGCUCUUAGGAGGCUAGGCCACCCACAGCCCUUGUCUCUGCAGCUCUGGGGUCCCAUUAGUGGAAAGAGGCACGAGGGGGCAGAUGGUCUGCGUCUCAGGAUCCCAGGUAGGGCAUGAUGGCCACUCCGCCCGGCCACGCCUGCUCGGUCCUGAGCACCAGCUAGUUACUUUCCAGCGACAGCUUCAGGGGACGAUGGGGGAACUGGAUGGCGGGGCUGAGAUCCCAUGAGCCCUCGGGGCCUCUUCAUUAUUGGAGCCCACCAUCCCCCUAGGAACUCUGGGAAUGGACAGUCUAUACAUCUGUAAUUCACUACCACGCCAGGGGACUGUCUGACCCCUCACCCCUGUGCCCCCCAGCCCAGAGCCCUUGACCUUCAGCAGAGGUGUGUGACUGUGAGCAAGCUACCAGAGUGUUUAGAAGUGUCCUAUGCAAGGACAAGAGGCCCUGCUGGCCUCCAGUUGCUUGUGGGUGCUGGCUGUCAACCUCCCCCAGGCUCUGUUUCGUUAUCCAGAGAAUUCCCAGGGCCUUGAAGACUGCAAGGGAGUAAGCUGCAGGGACAGAGGCCUCCCGGAGAGGUGAGGGGCUGCUGGGCCCCUGGAUGCUUGCGAACGGAGCAGCGGGGACCAUGUCACAGGUCUCGGGUUGGGCAGGCACCCCAGUAGAUCAACAAAAUCCUUGUGCUCCCAUGACCACUCAGUCCCUGGGAAGAUGCCCCGGGGAGGUGGGCUCCGAAGAGCUGGGCUGGCUGAGUGGCCGGGAGGUCGGGUGCUCCCUGCAGAGCCACAGGGCCCCAGCUGUGCUUGGAGUAAAGCCUGUCAAAGUCA